AUGGAUCCUUUACUGAACGGGUCAUAUGUACAUUACGGUAUGGGAUUGCCCACCUCAGCGUACGCCGCUGCCGCAGGUCUCUCCUCACAGAAUUAUAACAGCAAUGACUUUUUCCAGAUGGAUCCUUUACUGAACGGGUCAUAUGUACAUUACGGUAUGGGAUUGCCCACCUCAGCGUACGCCGCUGCCGCAGGUCUCUCCUCACAGAAUUAUAACAGCAACUCGUCCGAACACUCUGCCGACCCGUCGUCGUCAAGUUCCCCGGGCGCCCCACCGAAUAUGAACCUUUUGCUCACCAUUCGACUGCUCAUGCAAGGAAAGGAAGUCGGCAGCAUUAUUGGAAAGCGAGGCGAUCAGAUCAAAAGAAUUCGAGAAGAUUCGGGCGCAAAAAUCAACAUAUCGGACGGGUCGUGUCCGGAGCGGAUAGUGACGAUCACCGGCAGUUUGACGACCAUCAACAAGGCCUUUGCUAUGAUCUCGAAUAAAUUUGAAGAGGAUAUGCGUGCUUUACCGAAUUCCGUUCCGAAGCCCCCGAUCACGAUGCGAUUGAUCGUACCGGCGACGCAAUGCGGUUCACUUAUAGGAAAAAGCGGUUCUAAAAUUAAGGAGAUUCGAGAGGCGACAGGAGCGUCCAUUCAAGUUGCUUCCGAAAUGCUCCCGCAAUCAACCGAACGGGCUGUUACUGUGUCCGGGACGGCCGACGCCAUCAUACUGUGUAUGGGACAAGUCUGCCAAAUACUGUUAGAGGCCCCACCGAAAGGCACCACGUUACCGUACCGACCGAAGCCGACGUUCAACUCAUUGCUGGUGGCGAGUUCGGCAGCGGCGGCCGCUGCUGCCCAGCAGCAACAGCUGGCUGCCCUGCUACAACCAGCUCUCUUUCAACAAGCUCAAUUCGCUCAAUUCCUCCCGUCCGAGCUGGCACGUGGUGUACCAGCGUCGGCGCAGUACGGGCCGACGUCCGCCUUCCUAUCCACUCCUACCCUCAAUCCCCAAGUGUACGGUGGCGGAUUAAUACUGGCCGGUGCCGGCUACCCGAGCGCCCAGCAGCACGCGGCCGCCAUGGGUGGCGGAUUCGGUCAGGACCCGACGAAGGCGUUCGCUGCAGCGGCCGGCUUUCUGAGCGACGAACGGCAGCUCGAGCUGAUCAACCAGUACGCGGCACUCAACAGCAGUGUGUUGAUGGGCGCUCCGCUACUGAAAGGCGCCAACUCGCCGGCUAGCGCCGCCCACAAGGCAAGUGGCGCACGGUUCACUCCCUACUAA